UUAUUUUCCAUCAAAAUGAAAAAAGUACUAGCUGUAUUUCUGCUCGCUCUCGUAGCGGCUGUAAACGGCCUUCAGCCAACAGCCUUCUCUACUGGGAGACAGUAUCAUUACAGAUACAAAAGCAGAGCUUUGAGUGGAGUCCCUAAUCUGGAUAAUCAAUAUUCAGGAUUGGAAAUUUUAGCUGAUGUAACAAUGCAAUCUACCAGUUCUCAGUCCGGCUACAACCAGAAGACUGUUCUUUUAACGCUUGAUAAUGUCCGAGUGGCUAGCAUUAACCAAAAAGUUUCUGAUCCGUACCACUCAGCAGUUUACAAGGAGCACACCAGUUCCGUAGUAUACCAACAGGAACUGUCCAAACCUUGUUUGGUUCAUAUAGAAGAUGGCGUGGUGGUGUCGAUACAAGUUGAAGAGUCGGACCCACAGUGGUCGGUCAACUAUAAAAAGGGUCUUAUAUCUACACUCCAGUUGAACCUAGCCCAGAAGAACCCAGUUGUCUCUCCAAUUGAAAACACUGUACCGAGGGUAGACAAGAACGCCAAAAUCUAUAGUGUUUAUGAGGAUGGUAUCGGAGGGAAUUGUGAAACUUGGUACGUGAUCCAAUCCAUCCCAUCUCCGUACUACCCCAGUUAUGGCCAUGUUAUGAACAUCACGAAGACUAGAAACUAUAAAAACUGUAUCUACAGGCCAGUGUAUGCUCAUUACAGUCAUGAUAUUCGUGGAUGUCCACGAGUUUGUUCCCAGACAUCAGAAUCAACGCACGCUUCUGAAUAUCCAACUCACCUUCAUCACAUCUGCGCGGGAUGUCCAAAAGGCUAUGAACCGGACACUGUGAUAGCCAAAUCAUAUUCUUAUACUAAGUAUAACAUUAGCCGCUCGCAUGAUGACGUAGUGAUUGAAAGCCUUGCCCACCAUGGGAAAACCGUGUAUUCUGCUUAUCGUGAUGACCUGGUAGUUUUAUCGUACCAAAACCUAACGCUUAUAUCGGUCGUCCCGGCCCAGUCCGUAUCUUACGAGCUGUCCCAGCCAGUAAGGUAUUCCAAUUUAUCCUUUCACUUGCCACAGUCCUCACUCUCACAUGAACUGCCUUACAGUAGUCCUCCUUCCCCUUGGAUUAGAAAGGAAAAUUGGUUUCCUCAACAUCCAGAUUAUGCUAGUUCUGGCUUUCACAGAUUAUCAGUAAACAGGCAGAAGAGAAAUUGUUCCUUGGACAUCCCUUUUAUGUCUAUCUUCAGUAAUAUUAAUCCAAGGCAUUUGAAAACUACAGUGAAAGAGACCUUAGAGAGUAUCGCUGAUGGCAUCUGUCAAGCUGACCUCUCUAACUCGGAGACCAUCCCUUACAAGACAAUUGGUCUAAUAAACGCCAUAUCUGUUUUGCCAUAUAGACAUCUGAAACAUCUGGUCGAAGAGAUCAUUUUGUCUGCCCGAAUGAACGAGAAGCAACAAGUAAUGAGGAAGAUACUUUUGGACGCUCUAUCUCAGUGCGGUAGCAAUGAUGCUGCUCUUAUUGUCAUAGACCUGAUUGGACAUGAAAUGCUCACUGCGAACGAAGGUCGCGAAGUUAUAGAAGGUCUCCCCAAAACUCUGGUCUACCCAUCUGAAAAUACAAUCCAGGCUGUGUUUGAGUUGAUUCAAAAUCCCAGAGUCCACGUUAACCGUACACUUUUUACUUCGGCAAGCAUUAGUUUAGGAAAACUGAUUCGUAAAGCGUGCGUGAUUCCAGGAAUGCAAACCCAUCGGCAUUCCCACUCAAACUUUGCCGAACAAUCUGUUCCUGAGCCAUCUUCUUUCUUUAGCUCCUACACAAGACAGAGCCAGGUGAAAUCUUGGAUUCCUUCUCCUGUGUGUAAUCCUGUAGAGUACAUACAGAAAAUAGCGGAACUUUUGGAGUCAACAGGUGAAUUCUACAAAAAGAUAGCUUAUAUACAAACUUUGUCUCACACUAGCCAUCCUGUGGCUUUAUCCUAUAUAAAACCGUACGUCACUGGUCUGUCUCCAAGUUGCAUAGCUCUCCAAGACGACGCAAACCCUGCAGCUAGUUGCAACUUUCUCCGCCAGAUGACAAUCUACUCUCUUCAUCUCUUCAUGUACAGACAUCCCUUGAAGCUCCUAUCAACAGUGGUGCCAAUAUAUUUCAACCCCAGAGAACCUUAUGAGAUCAGAAUAGCUGCGUUCACAGUUCUACUUUACAACAAUCCUCCUACUUAUCUGUUAGAACGUGUUGUCACUGAACUGUGGAGCGAGAGGAACAAACAAGUUGCCAACUUUGUCUACACGUCAUUGAAGACAUUGAGUAAUUCAACUCUUCCGUGUUUGCAACGUCUAGCCCACGACAUUCGACAGGUAAUUGCUUCAAUUAGACCUGUAAAUCUGGGGAUACAGUAUUCGCAUUCCUAUGUCACAGAUUUUUAUGAUGCUCCUCGCGAUUACGGAUUCAAACUUCGCUAUGAAGUGGUCCAAAGUAAUGUUUCCUGGGUUCCUCGUGCUGGAGUAUUUGAUAUAAGUCACAACACUGGUCCUUAUAUCGACUUUCCAAUAAGGGCAGGAUUUUCUGCUAAAGGUGUGGAUCAGAUUAUAAAGAAUAUUCUGGAUAAAUCCUCAAUAUUAUCAGAAUUGUACUCCUCUUUGUGGCCAAAAUACUACAGGAAAGGUACCAUACAUGACGAGAUCGGGAGAAUUAGAGAGAAACUGAACGUGGAUAUCAGAAACCCCGAAGAUCCAAAAGCAGUCCUAUUCUACACGUUGUUUGGUCGGACCACAUAUAUUCCUGUGGAUAAGGAAUACGCUCUAGAAGCUCUGGAGUCAGUCAUCGAAUAUCACAGAGAAAUACAGGAAAAAAUUAGAAGUGGGGUUAGUGGUCAUUACGUGAAACUGAUUACACCAGCAGGUAUAUUUAAAGUUGUUCCAUCUGAAAUUGGUCUUCCCUUGCUCAUUUCCCACCGACGCCCUAUUAUCUUCUCUCUCCACAUCAAGAACACUCGUAUUCUAUCGACUUCUUCAUCAGAAGGUCACCCUACCACCUGGAAGAUCGCAGCUCACAUCCGUCCAAGCAUAUUUUACUCGUCCCAUAUUUUCGGCAUCAUCGUUAAUCCUGCCGAGCAGAAGAUGUACGGGGCCACGAUAUCCAGUCUGAAUCACGUGACUUUGCCGAUAGAUUUUAGUUUGACAGUAAAACCACGUUCAACUCUAAGUAUUUCCGUCAAGCCAAACUUUUCCAAGGUUUUCUAUCAUAAGAGUGACGCUGGAACAUUCAUCAAGAAAUCCACUCUUGAUGUACCAGUUUCGGAGAACUUCUUGGGAAAUUAUGUCCCUAUCCGAACACUACCCAUCCCUCUGAAGUACGACCGAAGAAUAGGCCACAACGCACUUGGGUUGGGAUUCUCUGUACGGGGUUUAUCCGAGACAAUCUGGUCAGACACACCGUUCUACCUGAGCCCUACUACAACACAAAAGGGUUACUUAGCUGGUUUAAUGGAAGUGAUUAACAACCCAGGAAAGAAAUACAGAGAGUUUUCUGUCUGGAUCGAUCAAGACCAUCAUCAGCCAAUCACAGAGUAUACAAUUACUACUCAUUAUGAAUGGUCGGAAUCUAGAGAAGAUAAAGAGGUGAAUUAUGAUAGCGUUCCCACGCGCUGGUUACAAAACCUUCAAUUCAGGGAUGAUUAUGCACCGUAUUUCCCUGAAGUAAGCAUGAAGAGAGCCUACCAAUCCAUUUAUGGGUCCAAUUACACUAUUCCCUCCUUGAGAAAAAAAGUCCACAACUUGUUUUCUAAGACUCAUCCUUUCUGGAAAUCCUACAAACCAACAAUGACUCCAAUCGAUGCGGUAGACGCAUCUGUUAGCCACAGUGUGUCCGUUGUAGUUGAAGGCAAAGGAUCAAGUCCAGUAACUUAUCUUAUGGAUCUCACUUUCGGUUACACUAUUGACCACAGGAUUAGCAUGACCCGAGCACACUUGCAAAAGUCUACGUCUGGACCGUACGAUUCACAGCCAUAUGAGGUGUCUAUAGACGGCGCUACUGUCUACCCACAUGUACCAAAUGAGUUCUACUUCGAUCCAAGCUCAACCCAGGAACAACAUACUCGAUCAAAGUAUGAGAUAAGAUGGGGACCAAAAUUUUCUUCAGAAGGACAAAUUCAUAUCACUCAUAUUGCCAAAAAGAGCCGUGAACAGCUAAACAGUCCCGUCGACUCAAGCUCAAUUCCCAUUAGUGUAUCCACAGUCGCUGGAAUUGCAGGUAUUGGUGGUCUUAGUGAACAGCGCCCUUUACCAUGGUACUACAAGCAGUGCACCAUUGAUACUCAUGAUGGAAAGAGUCAAAGUUACCCUUGCAAGCUUGCUAUUGAAGACAGCAGCAUGUUGAAUAAUAUUACUACGAUUAUAAGUUAUAGCGAUGUUCCUCUCAUGUGGGUGAACUUAACAAGGAAACUGGACUUACUGAUGAAGAAGACUUAUUACCCGUACAUGGAUAAUGAUCCCGUUUCUGCUCACAACCCAAGCAACAGGAUCAGUGUCAACUUAGUGGCUAUAAAACAAAUACCUGAAGUGCCUUUGUUUAAUCUGUACAUCCAGACGCCAAAGGAGAACACGUAUUAUACUAAGAUUUAUUUACCUUUUGUAAAGCCUCAAUCGACAUUAGUCCCUUUGUUAGCGAACUACAUGAAUAUCUUCAUGAAUCACGAAGCUACAACUGGAUGCGCUUUGAUGGAAGAUUACGUCAGAACUUUCGAUAAUGUUACCUUCCUUCUGCCGGACAAUGAAUACAGUUACAUCCUAUCCAAAGAUUGCUCUCCAAAUCAGCGGUAUGCAGUUUUAUACAACCAGACAGAUCCAUCCACAAAAGAAAAGAUUCUCCAAGUAAUUGUACGAGAAUGGAACAUCAUUAUGAGCCCUCCAGACAGUAGAGAGAUCAUAAAGUUUACAGUCAAUGGAGAAUUGCGACAGUUAGUGCUAGGGCUGGCAGUAAAAUUGGACAGUGCCCUGUCUCCAGUGCACCUCUAUCUACACCCCACUGCCUCAUCGUCUGAGUUGCCCGUUGUAGUCCUCACAGCUGUUCAUGAAGGUUUAGUUGUGAAAUACGACGGAAAAAAUGUUAAAAUUACGGUGUCAUCUUACUAUAGCGGAAGUCACUGUGGUCUUUGUGGAGAUUACAAUGGAGAAAGCUACGAAGAAUUCUUGGGUCCAAAGAUGUGUCUUUAUCAAGACAGUCAGGAUUUUGUCAAUAGUUAUGCAAUGAUUGAUGAGUACAGCGUGCCGUUACCACCACCCAGAAAGCUGGUCAUCUGUCCAUCUCCAAGUCCUUACGUGUCUCCAGAAGUUCCAGUCGUUUGGCCCACGUUAACAGCCAAUUCGUGUUAUUGGAAUAAGACUGUCCAUUAUAAACGUGGCUAUAGCCGUUGUUUCGCAACUGAACCUGUUCUCGUGUGUAAGAAAAAUUGUCUGACCAGUAAAACAGCCUCACACGAAAUUCGGGGUUUUCAUUGUCUUCCUGAAGAUGACGAUUAUACUUAUGAGUUGGUAAGACAAGCGGAUGUCGGAGUUGUAGCAUUGCUCAGAAAUAAGAAAGUAGACUAUAUUGAUAACGUCCCUAGGCCUAGUAGUUGUAUCCCUAUGUCUUAAACUUCAUAUUCUGUUGUAGAAGAAUAAACCAAAUUGUUCAAUAAACAUUUGCAUUUUA